CUUUGGAUGAAGAAUGAGAGGUACUGAGACCUUGUGAAGGAGGCCUGGAGUUCUGAGGUCGUAGGAUCACCUAUGGGGCGAGUAAACAGGAAGCUCAGAAUAUUAAAAGGGUUACUUAAGCAGUUGAACAAAAGAGAAUAUUCUGAUCUUCAUGAAAGAGUAAAACUAAAGGAGCAGGAGUGGAUUGGAGCUCAAGCUGGUGCAUUGCAGAGUCCCUCAACUGAAACUUUCCAAAAAGAAGCUCGGCUAUCUGCAGAAGUUAAAACUUUACGAGAAGCUGAGGAAUCCUUUUUAAUGCAGAAAUCUCGAGAAGUUUGGUUGAAGGUUGGAGACUCGAACUCAGGGUAUUUUCACCGUUCAGUAAAGAUCAGAAAUAAAAGGAACAUGAUCAGGUCUCUGAUAUAUGAUGAAGGAGUUCGGCUUACAGAUACUGCAGGAAUGAGUAGUAAUGUUGCUGAAGUUUUCUACAAAAGGUUGCUGGGGCAGAAGGAUUCAGAUGUUGAGCUUGUAGUGUUGAGGAGAUGCAGUACCUCCUGAGGUUUAAAGUUGAUGAAGCGCCACAUGAUAAUUUAGUUCGUCAUAUCUCAAAGGAUGAAGUUAAGAAUACCCUUUUUGGUUUUAAAGGUGAUAAAAGCCCGGGUCGAGAUGGUUUUCCAGCUUGUUUCUUCCAAUCUGCUUGGCAUAUUGUUGGUCCUGAUAUCAUAUUGGUUGUGCAACACUGUCUUUUAAUUUGCUCGCUCCCACCAAGUACUAAUUCUACACUUCUAGCUUUGAUACCUAAGGUUCAGAAUCCUGAGAAGAUGAAGUUGUUUAGACCAAUUUCUUGUUGUAACACACUUUAUAAGUGUGUUGCAAAAAUAUUAGCUAAUCGGCUUAGUACAGUUUUUCCUUCCCUCAUUAGUCACAAUCAAACUGCAUUCAUUAAAGGGCGGGUGAUUGGUGAAAACAUUCUCUUAGCUCAUGAGCUGGUCUAGAAGUAUCAUAGGAAUGAUAUCUCCCAAAGAAUUAUUGUUAAAGUUGACAUUAUGAAGGCUUUUGAUUCGGUGGAUUGAGAUUUUUUAAUUACAGUUUUAAAGGCUAUGAAUUUCCCUGAUCUCUUUGUGAGGUGGAUUGUAAUGUGUGUGACUACUCCCAAGUUAAGUGUAGGGUUUAAUGGUAGUAUAGUGGAAUAUUUCUCUGCUUGUAAAGGUUUAAGGCAAGGGGAUCCUUUAUCCCCUUACCUGUUUGCCAUCUCUAUGGAAAUUCUGUCUUGUUUACUGGGAAAAGCAGUUAGGUUGGGUUUGACCCAAUGUGCAGGAGGUUGGGUUUGACCCAUUUAAUGUUUGCUUCUCUGAUGGCUCUAAUCAUGGAAUCCAAUGUAUUCAGAGGGUGUUGGGGAGUUUAGAAGAAUUUCUGGCCUAAAAUCUAACCCUAAGAAAUGUGAAUUAUUCUGUGGGGGAAUUCCUAUUGAAUGAAAAAAUCAGAUGGCUCAGAGAGCAGGUUAUAAGUUGAGUUCUCUUCCAAUAAGAUAUUUGGGAUUGC